AUGACUCCUCCGCCCCUCCUCCGCCCAGCAAUUCUUGUCGUCUCCGACACCGCGGCGGUCGAUCCAUCAACCGACAAGGCUAUCCCCAUCCUCAAGGACGUCUUCUCCCAAGACGGCGCCGGGAAAUGGAGCGAUCCGCUCGUCGAGAUCGUGAAGGACGAUGUGUUAGAGAUUCAGCGGAUCGUCCGCGCAUGGACGGAUUCCGAGAAUGAAACCACCAACGGUGGCGUCGUCAACUUGAUCGUCACGACGGGAGGGACAGGGUUCGCGCGACGGGAUUUCACCCCGGAAGCCAUUGCACCGCUCAUCCAUCGCCACGCUCCCGGUAUCGUCCAUGGCAUGCUGGCUACUUCGUUCCAGAUUACGCCUUUUGCCAUGAUGUCGCGGCCUGUGGCUGGCACGCGGAAUAAAUCCAUUAUUAUCACCUUGCCCGGGUCGCCCAAAGGUGCUAAGGAGAACCUCCAGGCUGUGUUGAAACUGCUGCCUCAUGCUUGCUUGCAGGCUGCAGGGCAGGACUCUAGAGCCGCCCAUGUAGGAGGAGUGAAGAAGCUAGAGAAGGAGGCUGGAGUUGGUCCGUCAGGUUCUGGCGGUGCUACCCCAGCACCGUUGGUGGUGGGAGCUACAAAUGAUCAUUUUCAUCAACACGGUCACCAUCACAACCACGACCAUGAUCACAGUCAUGGAAGCGGCGGCAGUGUUCAUGGCGGGCACAGAGUCCCAAAAGCCCACACCACUCCCUCUGAGCGACCUCAACUUCAAUCCAACGACCCUAGACUGGGCGCCACGGCACGCUACAGGUCAUCCCCAUACCCCAUGCUGAACGUUUCAGACGCCGUGUCGAAAAUCUUUGAAAAUACACCGUCGUGCACAGUCGAAAUAAGAUCCGUAUCGCCUGACCUGGUAGGCUAUGUAGCCGCCGAAGACAUCAAAGCCGCCGAGGCGGUCCCAGCCUACCGUGCGAGCAUAGUGGACGGAUAUGCUGUCAUCAUCCCCGACAAGGAGGCCACCUCCCCGAAGAGCAUCAAGGGCGUCUUCCCGGUCGCCUCUGUCUCACAUGCCCAAGCUUCAUCCUUACCACCACCUCUCGAAAUGGGUCAAAUAGCCCGUAUCACGACGGGAGCCCCGCUGCCGGAAAAUGCCAACGCGGUAGUAAUGGUGGAGGACACGGUCAUCUCAACGCUCACGCCCGACGGCAAGGAAGAAGCCAGCGUGGAAAUCCUCACCGACGAACUCGUGGCAGGAGAAAACGUUCGCGAACCAGGGAGCGAUAUCGAACUGGGCCAAGUGAUCGUGGCGAAGGGCACGCAAAUCAGUGCAUUGGGUGGCGAAAUCGGCGUCCUCGCCGCGGCGGGCAUAAAGAAAGUCCCCGUCUACCGGAAACCACGGAUCGGGGUCAUGUCGACGGGCGAUGAGGUGAUGGAUGUCACCUACGAAGGCACACUCAGCGGCGGCAUGAUUCGCGACUCGAACCGGCCGUCCCUGCUGACCCUGCUGCGCGGCUGGCGGAUGUGCGAGGACGUGGUGGAUCUGGGCGUCGCGAGAGACACGCCGCAUCACGAACUCGAACACAAGCUACGCGACGCGUUUCGGCUGCACGGUCUGGAUAUAGUCAUCACGACCGGCGGCGUGUCCAUGGGCGAGCUCGACCUGCUGAAACCGACCAUCGAGCGCGCCCUGGGCGGCACAGUCCACUUCGGCCGAGUCAACAUGAAGCCCGGCAAACCCACCACGUUCGCCACUGUCCCUAUCAAAGCCUCACAUCCAGGCUCGGACAGCAGGCGUGAGACGAGACUCAUCUUCGGCCUACCAGGAAACCCCGCCAGCGCAUUGGUCACGGCCAACCUGUUCGUGCUCCCUUGCAUCCAGCGCAUGACCGGCCUGCCAGAUCCCCAGGGCGCCCCGCGUGUCAAGGUGCGGCUCCACGGCCGUGUGCGCUGCGACAAGGCCCGCGUCGAGUACCACCGCGUGCUUGUCUCCGCGGACCCGAAUGACGGGAAGCUCGUGGCGCGCAGCACGGGCAUGCAGCGGAGUUCGCGCGUGGGCAGUCUAGCGAGCGCGAAUGGGUUGUUGGUUCUCCCCCAGAGGGAGGGAUACAUUGAAGACGGCGGCGAGUGUGAGGCUCUGAUGGUCGGAAUAGUGCUUGGAUAUUGA